AUGUCAGCUAGAUCCACUCACGCUGCAAAAAAACAAGCUGCACUUUCGUCGCAGGCUAACCCUCGUGGUGAGACUAGAACGGCAGAAUGUACACAAACAAUUGAAUUGUCACCAACAGAGCUGAUCAGCGCUAUUACUGAACGAAGCAAGGACCCGGUUAUAAGUAAGAUGCAGGUAGCACUUUCUGAAAAUAUUAGGAUGGAUUUCGCCGAACAGUUUGAAGCGGACAAGCGUUCGCGGAGCGUAGUAACCAGUGGCCUCCCAGACUCAGGGUCUUCAGAGAGACUGGGCAACCUAGAGGAAAAAGUCAACGAUAUUUUGCUUGCAUUGAACGUGAGCUGUCGUCCAGUUGAUCUAUACCGGAUGGGUAAACCUAAUGCUUCACGUCCACGCCUAGUAAAAGUCGUUUUCCCCUCUCAGUUCUACUGGCGUCGAGAGCUUGCUAAUGCGCGCCUUCUUCGCGGUGCAGGUUUUCCCAAUGUUUAUAUCCGCAGAAGUGUGACACCUGAUGAAAGGAAACGAGAGUAUGAACUGAGACAAGAGGCACAUGAGCGUAACGGAGGAAAAGUCAGCAGGAGUGGGUGGUGUACCGCGGCGACCUAA